GUGUGAGGUGGUCAGCCAGACCAGGAGCUCACCCUCACAUAGAGUCCAGCCUUCUGCUCUGAUGCCGAAGGGGAGGCAGAAAGUGCCACACUUGGAUGCCCCCCCGGGCCUGCCCAUCUGCCUCUGGCUGGAGUUAGCCGGGCUCUUCUUCCUGGUUCCCUGGGUCAUGGGCCUGGCAGGGGCCGAUGGGCCUAGAGCCCAGGGUCUGGGGGGGCUAAGCUGGGCCGUGCAUCUGGACAGCCUGGGAGGGGAGGAAGAGACCCUGGAGCAGCAGGCAGACGCCUUGGCCCAGGCGGCGGGACUGCUGAAUGCUGGGCGCGUCGGGGAGCUCCGCGGCUACUACCUCUUCGUCCAGCCAGCUGGGCAGCAGCAGGCGGAGGCCGCCCGGCAGCAGGCGGAAACCGUGUUAUCCGGGCACGAAGCUGUGCGCUGGCACUCGGAGCAGAGGCUGCUCAAGCGGGCCAAGCGCAGUGUCCACUUCAAUGACCCCAAGUACCCACAGCAGUGGCACCUGAAUAACCGGCGGAGCCCCGGCAGGGACAUCAACGUGACAGGUGUGUGGGAACGCAAUGUAACCGGGCGAGGGGUCACUGUGGUGGUCGUGGAUGACGGAGUGGAGCACACCAUCCAGGACAUCGCACCCAACUAUAGCCCCGAGGGCAGCUAUGAUCUCAACUCCAACGACCCUGACCCUAUGCCACACCCAGACGUGGAGAACGGCAAUCACCACGGCACGAGGUGUGCGGGCGAGAUCGCCGCAGUGCCCAACAACAGCUUCUGUGCCGUGGGAGUGGCGUAUGGGAGCCGCAUAGCAGGUAUCCGGGUGCUGGAUGGACCCCUCACAGACAGCAUGGAGGCUGUGGCGUUCAACAAACACUAUCAGAUCAACGACAUCUACAGCUGCAGCUGGGGACCAGAUGAUGAUGGGAAGACAGUGGAUGGCCCCCAUCAGCUUGGAAAGGCUGCCUUGCAACAUGGGGUGAUUGCUGGCCGCCGGGGCUUUGGGAGCAUCUUUGUGGUAGCCAGCGGGAACGGUGGCCAGCACAACGACAACUGCAACUAUGAUGGCUAUGCCAACUCUAUCUACACCGUCACCAUAGGUGCCGUGGACGAGGAGGGCCGGAUGCCUUUCUACGCGGAAGAGUGUGCCUCCAUGCUGGCGGUCACCUUCAGUGGUGGGGACAAGAUGCUCCGGAGCAUCGUGACCACUGACUGGGACCUUCAGAAGGGCACAGGCUGCACCGAGGGCCACACAGGGACCUCGGCCGCAGCCCCUCUGGCAGCAGGCAUGAUAGCCCUGAUGCUACAGGUACGGCCCUGUCUCACCUGGCGUGACGUCCAGCACAUCGUUGUCUUCACAGCCACCCAGUAUGAGGAUCGCCGUGCAGAUUGGGUCACCAACGAGGCAGGCUUCAGCCACAGCCACCAGCAUGGAUUCGGCCUGCUCAAUGCUUGGAGACUCGUUAAUGCAGCCAAGAUCUGGACCUCGGUCCCUUACUUAGCUUCCUAUGUCAGCCCUGUGUUAAAAGAGAACAAGGCUAUCCCGCUGGCCCCCCGCACACUGGAGGUCCUAUGGAAUGUCAGCAGGAUGGACCUGGAGAUGUCGGGGCUGAGGACCCUAGAGCACGUGGCCGUGACCGUCUCCAUCAGUCAUCCACGACGCGGCAGCUUGGAACUCAAACUGUUUUGCCCCAGUGGCAUGAUGUCCCUCAUCGGCGCCCCCCGCAGCAUGGACUCAGAUCCCAAUGGCUUCAAUGACUGGACCUUCUCCACUGUGCGAUGCUGGGGGGAGAGAGCGAAGGGGACUUACAGACUUGUUAUCAGGGAUGUGGGUAAGCCUGCCUGCCCUUCCAUCUGGUCCCUCUGGAGGGUGGGGAAGACCUGGGUCCCCACUCUACUAGCCAGCUCGAAGAGGGCACUGUUCAGUGGGGUCAAGUGCUUUGAGGUGGGGCAGCAGUCCCUGGGAGGUGAGAGACUUUCUGAGCUCAUCGUUCUGGGCUGAGGAAAGCCACAGGGCUUUGGGAAACCAUCCGUAACUCAGGUGCUUGACCUUUCCCAGACUCUGGUGCUGGUAGGCAGUUUUACCAUCUUCUGGACCGUUUACUACAUGCUGGAAAUAUACCUGAGCCAGAGGAAUGUGGCCUCCCACCGCGUUUGUAGGAGCGGACCCUGCCACUGGCCCCAACGAAGCCAAAAAGCCAGGGAGGAGGGGACAGAACUGGAAUCAGUGCCACUCUGCAACAGCAAAGAUCCAGAUGGAGUGGAGACAGAAAGUGAGCGCCCUGCCACCACCUCUGGUCCCCUUGUCCCGGACCUGUUGGAUCAAGGGGACUGGGGCCUGUCCCAGGACAGGAGGGCCCUGGACCACCCUCAUCAUCAGCUACCCCCAGACCUGUUGCAGGGGAAAGAGGAGCAGAUUUGCUGA